AUGGGCUUGAUGGUCCUGGCUCUAUGGCUAGUCACUUCCGUCUCUUCUUGCAAGGCGGCUCCGUCGCCAUCACCGUCAUCGUCACCUCCAUUCUGCUCCGCCGUCUCUUCUGACGUAAUAUCGCCGUCGCCUGAAGCCCGCUCGCACCUGCUGAUAGCAGGUGGCACUGUAGUCAACGCAGAUGGCGAAUUCGCUGCAGACGUUUAUAUCGAGGAUGGAACCAUCAAGCUCGUUCGGCCAAACAUCAAGGUUCCAGAUUGGGUUCAGAAGAUUGAUGCUGCCGGAAAAUACGUCAUGCCAGGAGGCAUAGACCCCCACACGCAUUUAGCCAUGCCCUUCAUGGGAACUGAGUCCUGCGACGAUUUCUACUCGGGCCAGGCAGCAGCGCUGGCAGGCGGCACCACCUUCCACAUUGACUAUGUGCUGGGGGCCACGCCGGCUGCAGGGGUUGAUCUGCUGCGGAUUCUGGAGGAGUAUGAGGGGAAGGCAAGGGGCAACGCCGUGAUGGACUAUGGGUUCCACAUGGGUGUCACGCGGUGGAGUGAGGCUGUGGCGCGGGACAUGGAGGAGGUGGUGAGGCGAGGCAUCAACUCGUUCAAGUUCUUCAUGGCGUACAAGGGCGCGCUGCAGGUGGACGACCAGCAGCUGCUGGACGGCUUCACUCGCUGCAAGCACCUCGGCGCCAUCCCCCAGGUGCAUGCAGAGAAUGGCGAUGCAGUGGUGUGGGGGCAGCAGCACAUAUUCGACCUUGGAAUCACUGGCCCUGAAGGCCACCCCUUGUCUCGCCCCCCUGAGGUGCGUCUGGUGACUGUUGAGGCGCCUCAAAGCACGGGCCCUGCAGGCCACCCGUUGUCCCGCCCUCCUGAGGUGGAGGAGGAGGCGACAGGCAGGGCCAUUCGGCUGGCAAAUGUGGUGGGCGUGCCCCUGUACGUGGUGCAUGUGAUGAGCGCUGGCGCUGCCAGGGAGGUGGUCGAGGCCAGGCGCAGAGGGCAGCGCGUGGUGGGGGAGCCGGUGGUGUCGGGCAUUGCUCUCAACGACUCCCACCUCUGGUCGCCUGACUUCAAGCACGCCGCUCAGUUUGUGAUGAGUCCGCCCAUCCGCUCUGCAGAGCACGUGGCAGCAGUCAAAGCAGCACUCGCCACUGGCACGCUACAGCUGGUGGCCACGGACCACUGCCCCUUCAACUCGACUCAGAAGGCCAAAGGGCGCCAUGACUUCCGCCUCAUUCCCAACGGCGUCAACGGUAUCGAGGAGCGCAUGCACAUAACCUGGGAUGUUAUGGUGAAUUCGGGUCUCAUGUCACCCAGCGAUUAUGUCCGCAUCACCAGCACAGAGUGCGCAAGGAUUUUCAACCUGUACCCGCAGAAGGGUGUGGUGGCAGAGGGCUCAGAUGCGGACGUGAUUGUGUUGAAUCCAAAGGGCAGCACCACCAUCAGUGCUGCCACUCACCACUCCCGCAUUGACACAAAUGUCUACGAGGGGUGGCACAUGCAG